AUGUCGUUACUCCGGUCUUUGACUCUGAAUGUUGUCAUUUCAGUGUGUGACCCCGUCCUCGGUGAUCAUGGAUCAAUGUACGUUCCUCAAAACCUUUACCCUGUCUAUAAGAACAAGGUGGUUCCUGUGUGUGACAUUAUUACUCCCAACCAGUUUGAGGCUGAAUUAUUGACGGGGAAAAACAUCAGCACAGAGAAAGAUGCUGUAGAGGUGAUGGACCUCCUUCAUGCUAUGGGCCCAGACACAGUGGUCAUCACUUCCUCUGAUCUGCCCUCCAGACUGGGAGAUCGCUUCCUGGUGUCGUUGGGCAGCCAGCGCACGGUAGUUCGUCCAGAUGGCAGCAGGACGACACAGAGAGUUCGAAUAGAAGUUCCCAAAGUGGACGCCGUCUUCGUAGGAACCGGAGAUUUGUUUGCUGCUAUGCUGCUAGCGUGGACACACCAUCACCCUAAUGACCUAAAGACGGCCUGUGAGAAGACGUUUUCGGUGAUGCACCACGUUAUCCAGAGGACCAUAUCUUACGCUCAUGAGUUAGCAGGUCCUGGUCGGAGGCCCAGUCCGCCCCAGCUGGAGCUGAGGAUGGUUCAAAGUAAAGCUGACAUAGAAGACCCUGCUAUAGUUACGGAGGCCACGGUCAUAUCCUAACAUUACCGACCCAUGAGACUCAUACUAACC